GGAUAGGCCACAAUGCAAGUUCAACACUCAAUUACUGAAGGACACAACCACAAAAGACACCUUCACUGCAACUGUCAGAGCAAAGCAGGAAACACUACGCGACAUCACUGAAGAAUCAUGCGUGGAAGAACAUUGGAAGUCUCUGAAGGCGAUUCUCAACGAAACGUGUUCAACGGUUCUAGGAAGAAAGAAGAGACAAGACAAGGAAUGGCUCUCAACGGACACUUGGAAAUUAAUAGAAGAGAGGAGAAUGGUGAAAGAGAAAAUGAUUCAAUGCAAGGACGGACAGGAGAAGGAGACGAUGAGCUCAACUUACACAGCACUGGACAAAGAAGUGAAGAAGAGUGCUAGGAAGGACAAAAGACGAUUCUACGACAACCUCGCCACUGAAGCUGAGAAGGCAGCAGGCAAAAGGGACCUGAGGACACUAUAUCAGAUAACCAAAUCUCUAUCCGGGAAGAGACCAACACAAGCGAAACCUAUAAAAGACAGCCAAGGG